AUGGAAAAUAUUGUUGAACAAAGAGUGUGCCUUAAAUUUUGUGUUUCGAAUGAUAUUUCAUGUGGUGAAUCACUAAAAAUGUUGCGAAAUACCUACGGCGAAUCGUGUAUAUCGAAAACAAGGGCUUAUGAAUGGUAUAAGGCUUUUAAAGAAGGCCGAGAAGUAGUAGUAGACUUGCCUCGUUCUGGUAAACCUUCAACCGCUACGACCAAAGAAAACAUCGACAAAAUCAAGAAGCUAGUGCUCGAAAAUCGACGUAUGAGUCUGAGAGAGUUGGCUAGUGAGGUGAACAUAUCUUUUAAGUCCGUCCACAAUAUUCUAAUUGACAUUUUAGACAUGAAACGCGUCGCCGCUCGACUAGUUCCAAAAGAGCUCAAUUUUGUUCAAAGAGCGCACCGAAAGCAUGUCGCUGAAGACAUGGUUUCCCGAGCUUCUACGGAUCCGACCUUUAUGAAACGUAUAAUAACUGGCGACGAGACAUGGGUUUAUGAGUACGACAUGCAAACAAGCUAA